CGGCGGGGCAGAGAGCGUCGUGCUCACGACAGCUCCCCACACCAAGAUAAGCUCUCAGUGGUGACACCUCAGUGGGAUUUUAUACCCUGUCCUCCCAAAGGAACUACCUUUUGCACCAUUUCCAUUAGUCUCGUCCUCUUGGCAAGCCCAUCACAUAAGUGAGGAGGUCAGCGGACCCGUCUCUAAGUCUGUGUGCAGCUUGAGGAUCUCUAAAGAUGACGAGCAAAUCCAACAGCAGUGUUCUGGGCGGCAAGGCGUUGUCCUCCCCUCUUCUGUCCUCCCCAAACCGCCAACGGCUGGUCACAAAAGAUGGACAUUGCACCCUCCGCCCUCCCCCGUGUCCCUCGGGGUCAUGGCUCGGAGCAUUGAGCCGCCGGGCCUGGCUGCUCGCCCUCCAUGACAUGUGGGGACAGUUAGUGGGUCUGCGCUGGAGAUGGGUUCUGUUGGCCUUCUGCACAUCUUUUGUGGCACACUGGCUUCUGUUUGCUUGUCUGUGGUACUUGCUGGCCCACAUCAAUGGAGACCUGGAUGUGCUGGAUCAUGACUCCCCUCCGCAGGGGCAUGUGGUUUGCGUGAAGCACAUUACCAGCUUCACCGCUGCCUUUUCCUUUUCCCUUGAGACACAGCUCACCAUCGGCUAUGGCACCAUGUUCCCUAGUGGGGACUGUCCGAGUGCCAUCGCUCUACUGGCUGUGCAAAUGCUGCUGGGGCUCAUGCUGGAGGCAUUCAUCACAGGUGCAUUUGUGGCCAAGAUUUCCUGUCCCCAGAAGCGAGCUGGGGCCAUCCAGUUCAGCCCCCAGGCUGUGGUGGGCCAACACCAGGGCCAAACUUGCCUAAUGCUACGAGCCACAAACCUGCUGAGGCGCCCCCUGGUGGAUGUGAAGGUGAGUGCUGUGCUUUAUGAGGAGAAUGAAGGCCAAGCCCUGCAUCAAACCUCUGUGGACUUCUUCAUGGACCAUCUGGGCCAACAGCCUUGUCCCUUCUUCAUCUUCCCACUCACCUUUUUCCAUCCCCUGGACCGCCGCAGUCCGCUCUACCUGGCCCUGCAUGAGGACACAUCCAGUCAAUUUGAGCUGGUGGUGUUCCUGUCGGCCUCCCAGGAGGGAACAGGCGAUACCUGUCAGAAGCGGACCUCCUACCUUCGCCAGGAAAUCCAGUUUGACCGUCGCUUUGUGCCUGCCUUAGGUUUUGAUGCCCACGGGAGGUACACGAUGAGCAACCAUCACUUCGACACAACACACUCCAAGGAACCUUUAGACAAGGACUGUGUUGUGCAGAUCAAUGGUGAUGGUAGCGACAGGAUGGAGUGAGGAUACUGGUUCCACUGGGACAACAAGCAGUUUCUAAGGAGAUACUUUGAGCAGAAGGCUAAAUAAUUUUUGGAUUUUGAAGUAUUUCUGUCUUAACCAACAGAUCAUACCAAAAAGGGCGGUUCCUUUUCACGGUUACAGCCAAUUCCUAUAAAAUAUGCUUGGUUAUGGAUUGUCAUAGUGUCAUAUAAAGUUUCCCUAUUGCGGAAUAGCGGAACCUCGGUUAGCGUCAUUAAUCCCUUCCGGAAGGUUCGACUCAAACCAAAACACACUUUAACCAAAUACAUUUUUCCCCAUAAGAAAUCAUGUAAAUCCAAUUCAUCUGUUCCGGACAUCCAUAAAUGUUAAUACAAAUAACUUUUUCAUAGUUUUACAAUUAUUAUUACAAUUAUUACAUGAACAUUUACAUUGCUGCCAAAGACGGGGACAAAGAGCAGCGACGGAGAAGAAGAGAGAUUCACACAAUGACACCUUCAUUACUUAGCUACGAGUUAGUUCUUGAAUUCAGUAGUGUUUCUCACCUUCUUUAUCAGAUGCUGGCACUUGUAACUUUCUUUGGCUCCAUUGUGGGUUAUUUUGCAGCCGUGAUCAAUAAGCAAAGCAGAGACUUGUGGCAUAGUUAACAAAGAACUACACUAACCGAGGUUUCGCUGAAAUGCAAAAGUAACAGGUAUGAUCCAAACGGUACACUGACGAUACGGUACACACCAUUCUUAGGCUGCGUCUUGUCUCAAAUACUUCCGUCAGUACACUUCAGUAAGUACUGAGUGUGCGAAUUUUGACAUUGUAGUGCUCUUCCAGAUCGAUUACUCUUGUAGCGCACAUACAGGAAAUGGAUAGUAAUAUUUACCCACUUCUUCUGUUCACUACUUUCCACCGCUACGGGUUACGCCUCAGCUGCCAUUAUUUUAAAUUAGUCCCUCAGGGCCCAUCGUUGCACGCUCACCAUGUUGGCCGUUUUGAGUGCAACAUCUGGAUACUAAGUGGGAAGACAAAGUGUAAGUGUGGAGUGAUGGAUGCUAACCACCCUAGAGGCUAACUCGAGAGGUUGCAAUUCACCAUUAAAAAGGAGAGAAGAAGAAGAAGUGGGUAAAUAUUCCAACCGGUAAGUGUGCAACAACAGUAAUGGAUUUGGGACAACACUGCACUGUCAAAAUGUGUGCUCUCAGGAACCAAGUACACACGGUAGUCAGUAUUGACGUACACUGACAGAAGUAUUGGAUUCGAGACACAGCGCUGGUUUAAAGCUAACUACUGGUAAUCACAUCACCAAACUCAGACCAAUCCCUCACUCUAAAGAUCUACCUGUAGACCUAAAAACAAACAAUGCCAAUUUACAGUGUUUUUGUAUUGAUGUGGUCAUCUCAGAGAUUGAAGGAGUUUGCUGAAACCUCGUUGCCUUGUAAAAUGAAUUAUGCAACCUGAUGUUUUCAUUGCAGUACAGUUAAAUGUUGGCGUUGAUAAUGUGAUUAGAAAAAAAACCCACCAUUGCUUGCAUCUAAACCUCUAAUCAGAUUUUUUUUCCGAAUUGUAUUGAUUGAAAAGUGCUUCUGUAAUGAACAACAAGAAUGCUUUAUUCCGGUGUCUGACAUUUUCUAACAAAGAAACUGAUGAAAUAGUAUGGCUGAUUGGUCGGUGAUUGCUUUACUUUCGAAAAAUCAUUGCACAGAUCAACACUUCAGAGAUUGUUUUUU